ACAACCAAUCCUGAAUACAGUAAAUCUAUAAUGCGAAAAAGAAAUCGUCGAUUGGUCAAAAUUCGUACAAUAGUGCGGGGGAAGUGAAUGUAUGUUGGUCUGACUCGAACGCGACUACAUCCCCGUGCCAGCGAGCAAGUAGUAACGCUAUCGUUAGAAUUUUGUCUUUUGUUUAGUUUCUUUAUGUUUAUUUUUUCGAGAAGAAGUUGAAUUUAAGAAUCGUGAUAUUAUUGAAACGAACAUCUAAUGUACGGGGAUCUAAUAGAAAGUACGCUAGCACCGGUUCCAUGCUAGAUUUUCAGUGUGCAAGUAGUCGAAAGCGUAUUCAGGCAGCCUUCAACGUAAACAAAAAUGGAGUUAGGGGAGGGAGAAGCUCAAAUUUGUCGACUUUGCGGUCAAUGUGAGAGUAUAUACAUUGAUGUGUUUGGUGAAGAAGGCACAAAACGAUUUUUAGGCUUAAAAAUUCAUACAAGAAUCAACAUUCUGAUAGAUGAAAGGGAUCCUCUGCCCAAGGCGAUCUGUGUUCAAUGUCUGGGCAAACUCGAAUUUGUUUGCGACUUCCAAGAGGAGUGUCUUCGCACCCAACAAGUGUUACGCGAUCGAUACAUUCUACCAUCCUUAACAGAGAUUGCUGAAGUAAAGACUGAAGUUACACCAAGUACAUCAACAUACAAUAACAACAAUGACACCAAUAUAAAUCUUAAUUCUUCAAAUGAUGAGGACAUUCAAAAAGUAGAUCAGCAUGUUCUAAGAACAACUACAAAAAUUCAAAAAAAUACGAAAAAUCAACAAGUAAAAGGCAAUGAAGAAACUUCCAAAGAUCAAACUAAUAUUCAAAAUACGAGUGAAAAAAAUACUGAGAAUGCCCAAAUUCAGAAAUGUGAGACAACUCCUACACGAUGGCUUAGAAGUAGACAAAGUAUAGAAACAACUGUUACAAAUGAAACAGCUACUGAUACACCAAUUGCAAAUAGACUUAGAAGUCAUGAUAAUACUACUACAGAAUUAACUGUUAGUCCACGUAGUUGUUCUAAGGAAAAUAGUGAAAAAUUGACUGGAAAACAGCAAGAUCCACAUACUAUUCAAAUUCCAACAUCAGCAUUAAAUAAACUUCUCAGUAUUGUGUCAAAUUCUCCAAAUAUUGAAGUUUCUGUGAAAGAAUCUAGAAAUCAAAGCAGUGAUAUUGAAGAUAUUAGUUUCACUGUAGAAUUAUGUAAAAAGGAAAGUGAUGAUAUAGCUACUGCUCGAGCACGAGUAUUUCCAGAUCAAGGUUCCUGUUUGGUUGAUAAGGCUAUAGUUGGUCUUUUACAAAAUCAAAGUUGUGUAGAAGUUAAUAGUAUAAUAAACACAAUUAUCGAUAGUAGUCUGAAAAACGGCAAUUCGACAAAAUUAGAAGAUUCCGCUGAAUUUGAGCAAAAAUGGCAAGCUUCUCAAAAUCCGAAGGAACUUUUCAAGAUUGAUGGGGAAGAAAUUCGUGUCGAUGAUAACGUUGAACACGUCGUUACAAAUAAUCAAAAUGGUUAUUCUUGUAAAUUGUGUCGUAAGUUUUAUGAACGCAAAGAUAAAUGUAUGGUUCACGUAAAAACACAUCUUGGUAUUAAACAAUACACAUGUAUUCUAUGCAACGCUAAAUUUGUAUGUAAGUCUGAUGUCAUGAAACAUAUUCGAUGCACACAUACUAAUCCGAGACCAAUACAAUGUCCAAAAUGUCCAAAGAGAUUCAAGUCAAAGUUCUAUUUAAUGGAACACGAUAAUGUACAUAAAGGUGUGAGACCUUAUUCUUGUACAGAUUGCGGUCAAAGUUACCAUCAUAAAGUAUCGUUACAACUUCAUAUGAAAUCACAUUUACCUCCGCAGAACUUAGCAUGCGAAUAUUGUGGCAAAGUAUUUCCGUAUCGUACGAGAUUAUUAAGUCACAUAGCUAGUGUACAUUUAAAAAAUCGUCGCAAUUUUAGAUGUCGAUUUUGUUACAAUCUUUAUUCAAGUCUUUCAGUUUUGAAUGAACAUAUUAAAACGCGUCAUGCGACUACAUAUACUUGUGAAGUUUGCAAUAAAACAUUCAAAGUUGCGUCCAAAUAUAAGGCUCACGUAUUACAGCAUUCAAAUCCUAAGCCAUUCGUAUGCAAUGUUUGUAAUAAUAGAUAUGCAUCCAAAGCAUUCCUAAAUGAACAUCUAUCAAAACACGAAGGGCUGAGGAAACAUAUCUGCCAAAAGUGUGGUGCAAGAUUCGCUCAAGCUAGUCAUCUGGCUGCACAUCGGCACGUGCACGGUGAAAAAGAGCACGCUUGUCCGGAGUGUGGGCGAAAGUUUAAUAGGCGUGAUAACAUGAAGGUAAAAGAGAAUGAUGGAUUGCCACAAGUUGUUUGUAUACGAUGUUUGGGCACACUGGAAUUUCUAUGCGAUUUUUACGAGCGUUGUCAUCUUACGCAAAAGGAAUUUUUAAAAACUAACCAAAAUCAAAAUAUAAUAAAUGAGAAAUUACUGCAAGAUUCUACUAAUGAAACAGAAUCAGAUAAAGAAAACAAUGUUCCAUUUGUAAAUGAAACUAAAUGGAAAACAAAAGUUUUAUCACCCGAUAAUUUAAAAAAAUCAAAAAAUUAUCUGUCUGAAAAUAAUACAUUAUACAGGACUGAAAAUAAAGAGGAAAAUGAUAAUCACAUAGAUAAUAAUAUUUCUAUUGAUAAUGUUCAUUUGAUUACACAAACACAAUUAACCAAUAUAAUUUCUAAAAAUCAAUCUAUAAUAAAAAAUGUAAUUUCACAUGAAAAUAUAUCAAAAAAUGAUCAACAUAAUGUUAGUAAUUUAAAAGAGAAUAUCUAUAAUUUAAAAGAAAAUAUUUUGGAAAAAAAUAUAAAUUACAUACCAAAAUCAACAAAUGACUUAAAUACAUCUCAAAUAAAUGAAACAAAUGUUAAUAUAAAUUUAGAUCAACCUAUACGACGUAAAAGAGGACGAAAAAGUAAAUUAGAAAAAAUGAAAGAAGUAAGUUUAACAACAAACUACAAAAAAAAGAUUCAAAAUCAUUUAAGUGAUAAAAAAAGAGAUAAUGUUAAUAAUGAAUACAAAAGAUAUUGUUUGCGUGCUAUUUGUACAACAACUAACUCUGAUAGUAUAAAUAAUAAUGCUACAGUCACAUCUAAACCACAAAUUAUACAAACAGAAGCUGAACAGAUGCCAGUAAAUACAUCAAUGAAUGCAAAUUACAUCAAAGGUAAUAAAACUGAUACAAUGAUUAAUAAACUAACUAUAAUUGAAUCUGAUAAUAAAAAUUCAAUAAGAUCUAAUAAUUUGAAAGAUACAGAAAAGAAUUCUGAAAAAAAUAAAGCAAUAUCGAUUAAUGUAAAACAAGAGAAAGGGGAAGCAGAAACUUCUAGACAAUUGAAUCAACUAGUUCUUAAUCAAAUACAAAAUCAAAAAUCAAAAGUAAAUCAAGAAAAAACAGAUUUAACAUGUGUAUUAAUGGAAAAAACUGAAAAUAUUAAAAAUAUUGAAACGAAUUUGAUAGCAGAACAAAGUAUUAUUAAAUAUCCUGAUAUAAGAAUUUCUUCCAAUUAUAAUAAUCAACAAUCAAAAAUAUUCACAGAAAAAAAUCGAGUAACUAUUAUAAAAUCUUCACAAUUUAAAGAUGUGACAAAUUUAAAAAUAAUACAAGAAGAUUCUACAAAAUUAAAUAAUACAAUUAAUGUAACAGAUCAAAAUACUAAAACUGAGUUAGAAUGUAAUCUUAAUGAAUGUUCAUUGCCUCAACAAUUAAGUCAAAAUAGUUUUAAAAAUAAAAAUGAGAGUAAAAAUAGAUCAUUUGGCAAAAUUUCCGAAUUGAUAAGUGAUGAACAAAAACGAACUAUUGAAAGUUAUUAUAUAGUGGACAUGUCGAUUGUAAACUCAGAAGAAGUACAAAAAAAUAUAACAAUAAUUAAUAAAAAAAACAUACGUUGCAAUAUUUGUGGUACUUUUUACCUUAGAAUGGAUAAAUGUCAGGUUCAUAUUUGGGGACAUUUACAAAUGAAGCCCUAUCAAUGUAAAGCUUGUGAUUUUGCCACAGUUACUGUUAGUAAUGUUCGUUGCCAUAUCAGAAAAAGUCAUUUAAAGAUUAAACCAUUUGCGUGCCAUCUUUGUGAAAAGCGAUAUGUAACUGCUAUUUUAUUAGAAGAACAUAUUAAUACUCAUACAGGAGCCCGUCCAUAUAAAUGCAAGCUUUGUGAUUUUGCAAGUUCCAGUAGACAAAUAUUAAGUUAUCAUAAUGCUACUCAUAAACCAUUAAAGGAUAUUAGUUGUAAAAUUUGCGGUAAAGAGUUUUAUUCAAGAAGUAGAUUACGUGCACAUAUGAUUGUACACAAUAAGGACAAAGCUGUUAUGUGUAAAUUGUGUUCUGCUUAUUUAUCUAAUGCAGAAGCAUUAAAAACACAUUACAAGAACAUUCAUAUGCAAGAUUAUGUUUGUAAUAUCUGUGGUAAACAUGUCAAGUCUAGAAAAGCUUUGCAUAAUCAUCAGAAUGUUCAUGCUGCUGCAAGAUUUAAAUGUACUCUUUGCCCAAAUGUAUAUAAGACUAGCCAAAUAUUAAAAGAACAUCUUUUAAAGCACGAAGGUAUUAGAAAAUAUAAAUGUAAUAUUUGUGAAAAAUCAUUUGGUCAACAAUCUCAUUUAGCUGCUCAUAUGGCAGUGCACAGUAAUAUUAGAUUCCAUUGUCCUGGAUGUGAUAAGCCUUUUAAUCGGCAAGACAAUAUGAAAAUACAUACUAAACGAUGCAAACCAUUUUUGGCAAAUCCAAAUCUAAAAAAUCUUUUAAGUAAAAGAGAAAGAACUAUAUCGUUUAAUAAUAUAGCAGAAUUAACUGCAGAAUUGAAGAAUGAAAAUGUGACAAAUUCAAUAUCUCAAGUUCCUCUCAAAAAUGAGAACGAUAAGAUAUUAGUAAAGACUGUAGAAGAAAAACAAAAGACUGUAAUAAAUCUCUGCAAAUUAGGAUUAAAUAUCUCUUGCAUUAAACCAACAAAUAAUAAAAUGAGUCCAGAUCAUGUUACAAAUUCUUUUGAAAAGAAUGUAAUUAAGAUCACAGAUAACAAUGAUAAAUUAAUUUCAGAAAAUGAAAAGUUGUUAGUUUUUGAAAAUAUUUUAGGACCAGAAAAUUAUUAAUUAUUAACAAUUUUUUAUAUGAAUCAAUAUAAGAGAAUUUCAUCAUUAAAUAUCUUAUAAACCAAUAUAAGAAAUAUUCAUAUAAUUACAAAACUAAAUGAUUUUUUUAAAUUGUUUUAAAUACUUUUAAAUAAAAUACUCUUAAUAGAGUUCAUUAUUUAAUAAUACUUAGAAUUUAUAUUUGAUAUAUUUAAAUAAUCAUUCCAUACAAUUUAUUAAGCUAAGGUUUUAAUUAUAAUACUACUACUUUUAACAUACUACUUUUACUAUUUUUUAAUUAAUAAGAUUUAAUAUUGUGCGAUAUUUUAUUAACAAAAUAUGUUAUAUUUUUUCAAAUUUAUCUAUAAAUUAAAUAGACUAUAGUAUAUAAAAAUCGAUAUGCAUGAAUGAUAAUUUAAUUAAUAUUAUCUAAAUCAUUAUUUGUUUGAUAAUUGUGUAUUUCGAUUUUUAUUUAAGGAGUUAUCUUGCCUUGAUGAAAACUUCAAUCAUAACCAAAGAAAACACCUUGCUAUUAUAAAUUUAUUACCUUUUUACAUAUUAGAACAGAGUUUCAUCAAGGUGAAAUAAAAUACUCUUACGCUUAUUUACUUAUAAAAAAGAGAUAAGACUGAUAAUUGAUAUGUAUUUAACUUUAUAACUAGAAGUUCCUAUUUAAAAUAAUUAGGCCUUAAAAAUUUAUUUCACAUGGGAACAAAAAUUUCGAUGUAAUAUUAAAAUUUCAAUCGUGAUUGUUAUCAUAAUAAUUUUUAUCAUUUAAUUUCUUAAAAUAAGUACAAUACUUGCCAUUUAAACCAAAUAAAGAAUUAAAAAAUAAAGACUUCACUUAAAUUGUAUUUUAAUAUUCAUAUUUUAAAAAUGUAAUUUAUGAAAAUUGUUUCAAUAAAGUUUGAAUAAAUUUACUAA